AUGGAGACCAAGGCUCUUGAGCUUGGCUCACAUCAGGUCGGCGGCUCAUUGAGCGUGUGCCAUGUUGACAGCGUGGUGCCCGGCCACGAAGGUAUGUGCGGCAGCUCUCGGAGCAGGCACGGCGUGCGCAAAAUGGUCUGGGACUGUGUCGGGGUCACUCAGCACCUUGCGCUGCGGAAGCAGGCUUCCAAGAGUAUACAAACUCUUAGUGAACGAUAG